UUAGCCCAGUUUUCUGCGCAAAUAUUUUCCAAAAGCUAACGACAAAAAAAUCUCACACUAAAUCUUAGCGUUAUUUUUUCCUCCUCGUCGUUGUCGUCGCGUUUAACUCAAAUUAUAACAACAACAACAACAACAACGAGAGCAGCAGCAGCAGCAACAACAACAGCGGCAACUUCAGCAACAGCAGCAACAACAACAACAUCUAGCCCAAAGGAGCCUUGUAUUGCCACCUCGACCAGCAAAAAGCCGCCAAAAUGCUUCCGUUCCGGCGUGGAGCGGCCUGGCAAACGCUCUUCCUGCUCUGCGCUCUCGCCUAUUGCAUAAAUGAAGCCAGCAGCGAGGGUCGCGUGGUCUGCUAUUAUACAAACUGGAGUGUCUAUCGGCCAGGCACUGCCAAAUUCAAUCCGCAGAACAUAAAUCCAUAUCUGUGUACACAUUUGGUGUACGCGUUCGGUGGAUUCACCAAGGAUAACCAAAUGAAGCCCUUUGACAAGUACCAGGACAUCGAGCAGGGUGGCUAUGCCAAGUUCACUGGACUCAAAACGUACAACAAACAGCUGAAGACCAUGAUUGCCAUUGGCGGAUGGAACGAGGCGAGCUCGAGAUUUUCACCAUUGGUGGCGAGUAAUGAGCGUCGGCAGCAGUUCAUCAAGAACAUCCUGAAAUUCCUGCGACAGAAUCAUUUCGAUGGCAUCGAUCUGGACUGGGAGUAUCCAGCCCAUCGCGAGGGCGGCAAGUCCCGGGAUCGUGAUAACUAUGCCCAGUUCGUCCAAGAGCUGAGGGCCGAAUUCGAAAGGGAAGCGGAGAAGACCGGACGCACUCGUCUCCUGUUGACCAUGGCAGUUCCUGCUGGCAUCGAGUACAUUGACAAGGGUUACGAUGUGCCCAAGUUGAACAAGUAUCUGGAUUGGUUCAAUGUGUUGACCUACGAUUUCCACUCCUCCCACGAGCCAUCGGUUAACCAUCAUGCUCCGCUCUACUCGCUGGAGGAGGACUCCGAGUACAACUACGAUGCCGAGUUGAAUAUUGACUACUCCAUCAAAUACUAUCUGAAAGCGGGUGCAGAUCGUGACAAGCUUGUCCUGGGCAUACCCACCUAUGGCCGAUCCUAUACUUUGAUCAACGAGGAGAGCACCGAACUGGGAGCACCUGCAGAGGGUCCGGGCGAACAGGGUGAUGCCACCAGGGAAAAGGGAUACCUGGCCUACUACGAGAUCUGCCAGACCCUCAAGGACGACCCCGAGUGGACUGUGGUGCAGCCGAAUGCCAAUGUUAUGGGUCCCUAUGCCUACAGGCGCAAUCAGUGGGUGGGCUACGAUGACGAGGCCAUCGUGCGCAAGAAGGCCGAGUAUGUGGUGGCCCAGGGACUGGGUGGCAUUAUGUUCUGGGCCAUCGACAACGAUGAUUUCCGCGGCACCUGCAACGGAAAGCCAUAUCCUCUUAUCGAGGCUGCCAAGGAAGCCAUGGUGGAGGCAUUGGGACUGGGCAUCAACGAGGUGGCCAAGCCAAGUGGACCACAGAAGCCAUCCAGAUCUCGCAGUCGCGAUAAUGCCAACACCAGGAACCGUCUUAAUGGCAAGACCGAAGCUCCACCCAGCUCCAGGAGACCCAGCGCCACAAGAAGGCCAACUGUGAGCUCCACCCAGCCACCACCGCCGAGCACAACCUUCAAACUGACCGAAGCCGAGGGAUCCUCUCUCUACAUUGGAGGCAGGGCAUCCACAACGCCGCCACCACCAACGACUCCCGAUCCAGGUUCGGACUUCAAGUGCGAGGAGGAGGGCUUCUUCCAGCAUCCGAGGGAUUGCAAGAAGUACUACUGGUGUCUGGAUAGCGGACCGUCUGGUCUGGGUAUUGUGGCUCACAUGUUCACUUGUCCAUCGGGACUGUACUUCAAUCCCGCUGCCGAUUCCUGCGACUUUGCUCGCAAUGUGCCCUGCAAGACCAAAAAAUCCACAACUGUGGCACCAGUGACCUCGACAACGCCGACAACCACCACAGUGCGUUCCAAUCGAGUGACAGCUGCUCCCACGGCUCGUCCAGUAUAUCCACGAACCACCACCACCACAAGCACCACGACCACCACAACGACAACUACUCCAGCCAGUGUUGAUGAAGAUCUUGAAUAUGAAGAGGAUACCGAUGAGCUGUCGCCAAGCAAAUCCACCGAUGCUGAAGAGGAUCCACAGGUGAUCAAGGAACUGAUCGAUUUGAUUCGCAAAGUGGGUGGUGUGGAGCAGCUGGAGAAGCAUCUUUUGCGUAACAAGGAUGGAUCGAUAACAUUGAAGGAAAACUCUGCCACUGGUGCAGCCACUACUCCGUCAACUAUAAGCAAAUCUCUGUAUGAUCGUGUGCUGAGUCGUCCUGGAACAUUGAAUUCCUUCAGCCGCAAUCGUUUCAAGAUCAGCGAGGCCACAGAAACAAGCACUGAAGCCACAGCUUCGAGUAGUUCGUCAAAGAGUCCUUCGACUCUCACCUCCAACAGCAACUCCAAAUAUUCGUCAGUUCUGCGGGGCAACAGUCGUCAAGGUCCACAGAACGAGGGCAUUGAAAAAUUGGCUGAGUUCGAUGGUUUCCUAAAGGAACGCAAGCAAUAUGUGACCAUUAAUCGCCAUCGAUCUGCGAGUCAGGGAGAUGAUGAGGAGCUUGCAGAUCAGCAGGAGGAGGAGGAGAAUCUGGCCGAAGUUCAGACAACCACCCGUCGUCCUUUGAGCUCUAUCACUCCGUCUUACACAAGUCUUAGACGUGCAAGGCCCACCACGGUGGCACCGCCAGCAGAAGAAUCCAACGUGGAGGCAGAGCAACAUACCCAAACACAAGUGAAAUCCUAUGCCACCUUGAGUCGCACUCGUGGACGCACCACGGCACCACCAGAAGUCACGGAAGCGGCGCCCAGUUCGACAACCAAUCGGUACAAAUACUUUGAGCGUACACGACCCACUAAGAGUGCCGCUGCCGAAGAUUCCGAAGAUCCCACAGAAGACGAAGAGGAAGAGUACGAGGACGAGCAAAAGGAUAUUGUUACGGUACAGAGCAAACAAACCACAAACACACGUAAAUAUGCGAGCAUCGGCCGCAGAACAACCACCACUACAACAGCAACACCAGAAACUACAACAACAACCGCCGGCACUGAGACUGCCAAGGCCAGCACCACCACCACCAACAACAACAACAACAACAACAACAACAACCACUACAACAGCAGCAAUAACAACAACAAUGCGAAACUGAAUAACCAAAUACCAACAGAAGAGAACAUCUCAACAACACCCAGCACCACCGCUCAAUCCGAAACCACCACCACAACUAACGAAACCACUGAACCAAAUGAAAGCACCUCAACCACCACCACAUCCAUAACUAAUAACCUGCAUACCAUCACCACCACCACCACCACCACCACACCCACACCGAUUGUAGCAUCCACUGUCCCAACAACAACCGCCAAUGGCAUUAGCUCAGACUCUCUGCUAGCCACCGAGUUGAGCGAGGCCUCACCCACCCACCUUUCUCCCAGUCCUGACUUAGAAACAUCAACACCGACAACAACAAGCACAACAACAACAACAACGGAACCCGAACUGGACACCACAACAACCACACCGAAAACCACACCAACAACAACAACCACAACGGGAAACAACGAACUGAAUGACGUUAACAACGUGGACGAGGACAGCGAGGUAACGAAAACCAAGACCCAAUACAAGUAUGCAACCACCAACCGUCGACGUAUAACCACAACAACAACAACCACCAACAAGAACAGCAACAACAACAACAACAAUGCAGAAGCUGCGAACGAUGCUAGUCCAACAACAACAAACGGUUUGAGUAGUUUAAAUAGCAUUAGAACCAACCCGGGCAGAAGGCAACCCCCCCAAUCAGAGCAGACCCAAACAACAACCACCGAACCAAACCUUUCUAGUCCCCGACCCUUUGGUUAUCCCCGACGUCGCACACGACCCACAGCUAGCACCACAACCACCACUAUCCCCCAAACUGAUAAUGAUAACAAUACCGAUAAUAACGUAAACGAAACCGAUGCAGUUGCGCAAGUAGUGAAGAAGACACGACUAUCUCCAGGGGAUAGGCCCAAGGUGAGUGCCAGUCUUCCAACAGCAACCGCAAUCAACACACGAACCAAUACCUCCCCACUGCACCACCAAGAAUCCCAAGUAGAAGUAGCUGGUAACGGUGGCAAUGAUAGUAGCUUAAGGCAUGAUGUAGUUAGCUCUAGUUUAAGUCAAUCCCAAUCCCAAUCCAACAAAAUCGAUGCCAACGACCACAGUACCACCCAGCAGCAUACCAAGUACAUUUGGCGUGGGGUGCGUGGUCCUGUAUCGCAGCGUACAGUGAUUCCCAAUUCUUUAGCGGGAGACGACAAGGACUCCCGACGCUUUGCCGGCAAGCAGUUGAACACCGAAACAAUUGCGGAAGACGAGCUUCAAACCACCACCAAGUUCCGCAGUCGCCGCUUAAAUUCCGCCGAAGACGAGUCCGAGGUGGCUCUCGAGGUGGCCACAGCUACGCCAUCGCCCGGUUCCCGCACCUACCAAAGCAUCCAACGCUCCGCCAGUAAAGCGAGCAUAGAUGACUCUCAAAUCCACUACAAAGCCAUCACUCGCGAUUCCGUAGGCGGUGCUCAUCUCACCGCAGGACGCAGUUCCAGUUUUGUAAGGAAUGUUGGCGAAGCAGCCAAACCAACACCACCGAGCCAACCUAUUAGCAGAGGUGGACAGAUUGUGGAGAGCACCACCGAAGAUGAAAAUGUGGCUGCUGAAAUAAUCGAUGACGAAAGGAGGGGAGAGACGAAGGCACCUGCAGGAAGCGAGAAUACGGAUGACAGCAACACGGCAACCGAACAGGAAUCUCCUGAAAUUGCAACUGAAGCUGCACCACCACAGCUCGAGAUUACCACUUUGCCAUCAGAAAAUUCAGAUGUCAGCAGUUCUUCGGAAGCAUCUGUAAGCAGCACCACCGAAGAAAGCAUCAGCAGCACCGAAGAAUUGAAAACUGUCGUUGAAGAAGCCAACGAACAUCUGAGCUCAGAAACCGACAAACAGUUAACUUCAGAGAAUGAUAACGAAGAAUCAUCCACGGAAAUCAGCUCUUCUGAAGCCCCAGUUAGCAGCACAACCGUACAAUCUAAAGAGACUGAAACUAAUUCAGAAGCCAGUGAUAAAGAAAUUGCCUUGAAUAUUAGCGCUGGAUCCAGUGAAGCUCCUGCAAGCAGUACAGAAUUUCUGGAAAUUAGUACCACAACUAGCAACCCAGUGAUUCUCCAAGAAGAUUCUUCGACAACAGGACGACCCCGACGCCCAAUUAACCGCUUUAGCUCAACCACUCCAGCAGCUGCGCCAGAAGAGGAAACCACCUCCACCGUAAACCCAAGACGGCGCGUUAUCGUGCGCACCAGAACCAGCACCACUGAAGCAGAAAGUGAGGCUCAGACAACCACAGAAGGACCAAGACGACGCAGUUUUUACAGAACCAGCACCACAGCGGCACCAAGCAGCUCCACUGAAGCUGACAGUGAAGCCCAGAUAUCUACCGAAGGUCCAACACGUCGCUCUUUCUUUAGAACUAGGACCACUGAAGCAGCUAGCAGCACCACUGAAGCAGCUAGCAGCACCGUUGAAGAACUAGGCAGCCCCACAGAACCAGAAAUUGAAGUCGAGACAACCAGCGAGGGUCCAACGCGUCGUUCGUUCUUCAGAAGCAGCACCACUGUGGCGCCUAGCAGCACCACCGAAGAAAUCAGUAGCAGCUCCGUAGAUGAUGAUGUUAAAGCGAAUACAAUCACUACUCGUCGUUCGCUUUUCAACAAGCAGGCACCAAGCUCCACGGAAGCCACAACCACAACAACUGCAGAAGGCUCCGAUGUUAGUAGCACCACCAGGCGUAGUUUCUUCCGUACCAGCACGACCACAGAAGGCACCACAAGUACUGCAGAAGACAAUGCAGAAAAGGACAUUGAACACGAGAGUGAGACGACCACUGCAUUGCCAAAACGUCGAGUUAUAGUCAGAGGCAAUUUCAGGCCGCGCAAGGAGGGAGAUCUCUCCUCUCUUCUGGCGGCAGAUGCCAACAAGCGAGCCAGAAACAACCACAGCACUACAAGCACAGAAACACCUGCUAGUCAAUCACCUACAUUCCAUGAAGAAGAUACAGAGACACAACAACCACAAGCUGAGGAGAAGACAACCACUGGUCGGGCUUCCUUGAAUGCCGUUCGAAACCGCACCACCACAAAAACAGAAAGCCUAGGCAAUGGAAUCACCCGCACGCGCACCACCUACGUCCGCACUCUUGACGCUGGCCAAAAGGUUGUGAAACGCAUUCACACCAAAACCAUUGAAGAGAAACCCGCAGAGUACGAGUACAUUAUCGAUGAAGUGACCCAUCCACCACCGCCGAGCACCACGCCUCGCACUGUGACCCGCAAUCGAGGAUCGGUGCGCUUCCAGAGCAACGAUCUUUCUUCGCUGCUGGCCUUGGACUUUGCCUCACGCAACAAUCGCAAGAAGCAGGCCCAAACAGAGACUACGGUUACCAAAACGCGAAGACGCCUACUUAAGAAACCCAAGGAAACCAUCGAGCACGAAGAGGUGGAAGAAUUCGAGUAUGAAGCGGGUCAGGAAGCCGGCAACGAAGUUGAGGAGGCGCCACGUGUGAGCACAACAGCCAGGACUAUAAUCCGCAGAACUAGACCGACAACUGUCAGAACCACUACGGAAACUCCACAAAAUCUUGAGGCUAGUACCCGCAGGGCAAGCUUCGCUUUCAAGCGUCCCUCUAAAGUAAGCACAACCACUGAGGAACCAACAACCACCUCUACUGAACCCACAACAUCAUCAGAAGCUACCACAAGGAGAGUUCUCGCCUUCAGAAGACCAGUGAGCACAACCACAGAGAGCUCACCGAGUUCAACAGAAGAUGAGUCUUCGACUGAGGAGGCAACUGCUGCCCCCUUUGAAGCUACCACCAGAAGAGUUCUUACCUUCAAAAGACCUGUCAGCACAACAACCACCCCAGCUCCAAUUGAAGAAGCGUCCACGGAAGAAUCCACCACUUCUUCUUUAGAAGGCACCACCAGGAGAGUUCUCGCUUACAGAAGGCCCGUGAGCACAACAACUACCACACCAGUCCCUGUUGAAGAUGAGUCUUCUGAUCAGUUGGCAGCGGCCAAGCAAAAGCUUAUAAAUCGCCUGAAGUCCAGCACCACUACGACAACUACAACCCCUGAAACAACAACCACCGAAGAAGACUUAAGCGAACUUAAAGUACAGCUGAGCAAUGCCAUAAACCGUUUGCAAACGGAGAAUAAACUAGAAGGCCAGACAGUUACUAAGGAAAGUGAAGCCACAGAAGAUGAAGGCGAUGAUAAGCUUUCUUUGCCCAUUUACCACAGAAGGAAGUACUAUCAGUAUGUAAAGGAUUCGCCAAUUACCUAUAUCGACAAGUCCCCCGCACCACCGGAUAUCGAAAGUGUGACUGUGAACAUUAAGCAGCAAAUUCAUGAUGUGUUCAAUGUGAGUGAAAAUGAGACGCCACUUAAUUCACUGGCCGAUGACGGAGAGACGGAAGAGCAUCGGGAGGCUAUGGCGCAGGCCAAGGAAAUCAAUGCCGAACUCGGUCAUUUUUUAUUAAAAACCCCCGGGUCAAAAACCAAAUCCCAGCGACAGGGAAAAACAUUCAAAACAAUACCACUAGCAACGGACUCGAGCAAUGAGACCUCAAAGAUAGUAAGCCUUUCGCUUCUGGAAGAAAAGGAAAGAGGCGAAGAUGAAGCCAGGGCUCUACGCACCUACACCAGACUAAACCGCACCCGCUUGACCCUAUCCACCAGGUUGCCGGAAAAGAAACCAAGUGAACCACUAGACACAACGACCAGGAGGAGCUACAGCGUUCCACAGCGUUUCCGUCUUCGCUCAACAACGCCCAUACCUUCGAACACAGAAAACAGUGAAGAAGACGAGGAGGAAACUAAAGACAAUGAAGGACCAUCGCGCAGCACAACAACUGCGACACCAUCCAUCAAAAUACCCACCAGAAGACUUUUUACGCCUAGAAGGCCUGUUAGUGCUGUAGAGGAAUCCAGUUCUACUGAUAUCCGUAAAGAUAAUGACGAAGAGUUUAAGGUGGAAUCGACCACAAGACGCCUCUAUGCCGGCCUAAAUAGAUUGAGGGGCAGGGGAAGCACCACCACAACCACCGAGGAAGCAACUGAUUCAACCACCGAAGCAGCAACCACAACAGCCAAAAGUACAAGGCAACCUUAUGUGGGCAUUAGUCGCAGAGUUACAACUACAACGACCACUGAGAAGUCAGCGGAAAGUAGCACUGAAUAUAAUGGCAAUGAAGACGAUGAUGCGGAGUCCACCACUAUAACUGCUGAACAGGAGGUAAACAAUGAUGCUGAAGGAAAUAAGGUGGCAAUCAAAGAAGCAGAAGACCCAGUUGCCGAGAAAGCUCCCGAAGAGACUGAAGUCGACAGCACUGAGGAACCGGAACUGGAAGCUUACAUAGACGAUGACAAUGAAAUCCCCCAGGAAGAAAGCGGACACAGAACAGAAACCACUUCAACGACCACAACAACGACCACCAGUAAACCAGCAAGCACCACCUCACGUCGUCAGUUGGUAAUUCGUCGCCGUUUUAAUGGCACCAUAACAAGAACCACUACGGUUGCCCCACUAGCCGAUGACAAUCUCGAGAAUGAGAUCGAACCACAUGAUACGGAGAGCUCAAGACCAAAAGCGGCCACUACAACUCCACCACGGCGGCAACUUUUAAUACGCCGACGCUUCAAUGCGACCAGCAGUUCAACAACAACGACAACUGCAAAUCCUAUUGCCGACAAUGAAAUAGAUCAGGCCGGCGAGCCAACAAGUACAACGCGUCGAACGAUUCUGUCACGUCGGCGAUUUAAUGCGACUUCCAUCACAACAACAACCACGCCGGGAUCAACGAACGGCGACGAGAUAAGCACACGACGUCCGUAUGCGGCCUUGAACCGCUCACGUAAUCGCUUUACAACACCGCGAACCACAACCACCGACGGUGCGCAGGAGGACGAUGAUGACGAUGAUGAUGAUGAUGAUGAUGAGGAAGAGAAGCAGCAGGCACCGCCACGAGCUGUCUUCCUGCAAACAAACCGCCAUCGCGCCCUAAAACCCACCCCCGAAGAAGAGGAAGAUGCUGCAGCUGCGGUGCCAGCACGUAAGCCACCCAAUUUCGCCGCUCGUCGCACCACCGCUGCACCACUGCGAGUUAGCUCGAGUACGCGCCGCAAUCUGGUGGCAAUCAAUAGAAAUCUCUACCACCGAGCGGAGGAAUAUGACGAGGAACAGCCCGAAGAGGAGUACGAUGAAAACGAGGAGGGGGAUGAUGAUCAGGAGGAAACUGUAGAUCCCCAAGUCACAAGCACCACAGCACGUACACGACUAAGUCAACUGCUAGCCAACAGGCAAAGACAGCCACUCAGGACAACCACACAAAAACCGACAGAGACAGAAAGCAGCGAUACAGAAACUGACGCGGACAACGAAGAUGAAAACGAUGAUGAAAACGAUGAUGAAGAUAACGAUAGCUCCGCCGAGGUAUCGAACAGUAACCACACACUAAACCACCACACGAAUACUUUGGGGGGUGGCACCACUAACCCUAACAAUCUUACUAACCGUAGCACCACCGCACUGAAUGUAGCUAGUCAACGUAGUAACAGCACCGUAGCCAAUUAUAUUAAUCGAUUCAAGUCAAACAGUUACACAAUCAAAAACAAACCAGUCACAGUCACAGCUAAUAUUAAGGCAGAUAGUACAGAUAAAGAUAAUCAUAAUGAUAAUGAUAAUGAUGGAGAUAAUGAUGUUGAUAACGAUGAUGAUCACGAUGCUAGUCUAGAGAAUGAGGGGGAGGAGAAAACGAGUGGGGCUGGUUUGAAUGCCUUAGGUAAUGAUGUUAAUUCCACACGACGCUUUCAGAAUCGUUAUCAAUUGAGCCGCACCAGAGGCAGCACCACCAACACCACCCCAACAACAGCAACAACAACAACACAACAACAACAACAGCCCCAAACAACAACCACCGCCAGACGAUUGACGUUUGGGGGCCGUCAGCGCGCCCAGGUAACUAAACUAACCCUAGUCGAUGAGCAGACUGAAGAGACCGAGACUAAGGGUGUUGCCCGCGAAGAGGAGGAGAAGGAGGAGGAAGAAGACUCCAACGCAACCACCACAACAAGCACAACAACCACAACCACCAGCAGACCAACACCGAAGCGCAUACGUGUGCUCAAAUUCCGCAGACCCUUAAAUAGCAAUAGCAAUAGUACCACCUCCAAUGUAGAUAGCACCACUAAUAGCGCCACUGACACUAACCCAGACACCACCACCACAGCCACACCAACAACAGCAGGUCAAAGCACCACCACCAGCAACAACAACAACACCACAAGCACCACCGGCAAUAAGCGUUUCCGCAAGAUUGUUCGCAAACUGAGGCCUGUGGACUCAAGUACUGCGGCCAGUGUGGAUAAUUCCGAUGAAACCACCCGUAAACCUUUCGUUCCCAGCCACACCAGAUUUGCGGAUCAGGAUAAUGACCUUGUCAAUCUGCGCCAGCGCAUCAAGGAGCAGCAAGCACGUGGUGAGCCACAAGAUGGGGUAAUUAGCAGUCGUUUCAAGACCCUGGGCCAAAAGGACGAUCAGGAUGUGUCGGAGUUGCAAAAGUUGAGGGACAAAGUGAAGGCCGAGCAGGCGAGGGGAGAAGGUGAACGGGGCGUGAUCAACGAUCGUCUGAAGAAGCUUCUGGCCGAGAAGGGCUCGAGCAUCUCUAGCCAAAGAGAAGAAUCCUCAACUGAUGACGACUCUUCGUCGGUUUCCUCGGCCAGACCCUUCUUCAAACGAAAACUGGUGGCACGUAGACCCUACACACCACCCUCGGCCAGUGGUGGUGGCACCACAAAGGCCCCACUGACAUUUAGCACCACCCGACCCACGGCCAAGUUCGUGCGCAGAAAGAACGGAAGAUUUGAUCCCUUCAACUCGAGUGUUCGCAAUCGUGGAGAGGGCUUUGUGAGAAGUGAUCCGCGAGGAUCCCGACUGCCUGGAACCGAUCGCUUCAAGUCGCAGGGUAAUAACGAGGAUGAUGAAGAGGUGGAAGAGCGACGCGAGCAACCACUGCAGAAUCAGUUUGCAACCACUUUGCGCCGACCUUUUGUCCCGAAGACGCGACCAGUACUGGACAAGGCCAAGCCCCAGCAGGAAGAUGGAGCAGAAGACAGCGAGGAGGAAGACGAGGAGGAGGACUCCGAGGAAGAUGGAGACGAAGAAGAGGAUGAAGAAGAAGAAGAGGAGCAGAAGGAGAAGCCAGAGGUAGAAGAGGAGAAUCCACAAGAGGACAACAAGCCGACGAUUAAUUCUCUUUACAAGCCCAAGGAUAAUCGAGCUCCACCGGGUAGUCGUCCCACAUUUGGAACCACCGGAAGUGGCUCACCACCAACCGCAUCCGGAAAUGUGCCCUUCAAUCCCCGCAAUCGCCCAUCAAGCUCGGCCAAUGCCAAUAACACACCAUCCAACCGCUUUGGCACCACAAAGCGACCCCGUGUCGUUAACCGACCGCCGGGCGUGGCUUCACCUAACUUGACCUUGAAACCGGUGGCCAGUGAUUAUGAGCGCACCACACCGCUGACUCCACUGAAGCCGGCGCCAUUUAUACCCAGCAACAAUAGGAGUUACGAGAGGAAGUACUCGGGUCCAUCCACCGAGGCCGCGGAGACGUCCAGCGAGAAUUCCCUGAUAGAAGAUUUGAAUAUCGACGCACUGAAUGCGCGAAACAAGAAGAUCUUCGACAAACAUAGUAAAAAGCAUCCGGCUCUGAAGCCCAAGGUGGUAAAGGUGGAAUCCGAGACGGGAUUAGAGGUGGAAACCGGUACGGAGGUGGCGGUGGAAGAAGAAACCACCGAGGUGCAGCAGCUGGAGCAGGGCUUUGUGACCACCACACCCAGUACACCACCAUCACCAGCACCAGCACCACCCAGCACACAGUCAGACACAGCCACCACCACAGACACGCCACCAGAAACUAAAACUGAAACAGAACCUGAAACAGAACCUGAAACAGAAACUGAAAUUGAAACUGAAACUGAAAAUGUAACCGAAAUUGAAACAGCGACCAAUGCUAAUGAAGCCACUUCCGUCAAUUCACAGGAUCAAACCAUCUCGAGCACCACUCAAGCACCACCGCCGGCCACAACCUUGUUGCAUGUGUUCACCCUCCUGGAGGGUGAGGGCCAAGAGGAGGAGCCAACGACCAGAAAGCCAACGGUUCGCCUCUAUCCCACCAUACAAACGGAGGUGGUGCCCAAGCACAAGUUAGUCGAGAUCAAUCGCAUUGUCGAGAUUAAUUCCAAACAGGCCAAGGCAUCACAAAGGAAAUCCAAGGCGAAUAAUGACUUUGGCGUCUUGAUGGUGGAGUCCCUGCCCCACGUGGAGCAACUGGGCGAGAUCAGUGUGGUGAAAUAUGUCCACUUGGUGGAUGGCAGUGACAUUCAGAUCAACGAUGGGCACAGCACAGUGGCCGAUUACACGCCCACCGAGCCCACAUCAGCGGCUCAAGGUCCUGUCUCGCUGCCCGUAAGGAAUUCGCUGCCAGAAACCGAAGGCGCUGACACCGAUCGCAGUGGCAAGUCCUUGGUGCCCGAAGUUCUGACUGCCGCAUUGGAGACCUCUACCAUUUCGCUGGAGGGACUUUUCGAUUCGGCCAGAAAGGGCAAGCAACUGAGCAGCAAUACAAUCAUUGGCGAAACGGAGGAGAGCACCACCAUUGGCAGUAGCAGUAGUUUGGCCACCGAAACCGGGGAGACCACCACACCGGCACCCACUUACCUGCGACAACCAGCGACUGGCAGCGUUUCGCGCCGACCGGUGCUGAGUGUCCGCCGGCGGAUUAUCAACUCGCCGACGUUGGCAGCGGUUGAAGCCACCACCACGCAGCAGCCAGCAGCAGAACCACCGACGACGACCUCCAAAUACAGCCGACUGCGCAGCAGACCCUCCGCAACAGCAGCAGCAGCAGCAGCAACAACAGUAACUGCAGCAGCAGCAACAACCGCUUUCCCAGCAGCAACAUCUGCUCCCGGCGGCAGAACCACCAGCAACAUUUACCUGAGCAAGCUGAAAGCCAAGAGCGGUGCCGCAGCAGCAGCAGCCGCAGCAGCCGCAGCAUCCGGUGAGGCAGCAACACUGACGCCAGCAACAAGCAACAUCAGCAGCAGCAACAGCAAUGACAUCACACAAAAGCAACACAAGUUCCAGCCCGCCAGCUUCGCUCUGCGCCGCCAAUUUCAAACGCGGCGACUGACAACCUUCGCACCGGCAGCCAACGGCGAUGAAAGUGCCACCGAGGUGCCCAGAACCCAGAAUCCUCUGUUCAAGCGCCGCCUCACCCUUAUAUCCACCACGCCGCCGUCCGCACGCACCACCAAUCCACCAGUUUCGGGCCUGGACACCACCACCACUCUGUAUGUGAACGACGACGACGAGGAUCAGGUGGCCAAGUCGAGCAUUCACACGAGCCGCUUCAACCAGAUACCGGAGCAAGUGCGUCCAAGCGAGGAGUACGACUUGGCAUUGGCACCGCAGCCACUGAAGAGCACCAGCACCACGGCUAGCACCACUGUCAAUGCACCACAACCACUUAUUGGCCAGGGAAUCCGCCGCCAGUUGAUCCCACGUCCUCGUCGGCCGCAGUCGACCACAUCUACACCAUCCGCCACUUUGGGGUCAUCUUUGAGGUCGACCACGCCGGUUGACCACUCGGCUCCACCACUCUCCCGUCGUCAGCAGAGUCGUCGUCGUCCGCACAAAUACAUCGAGGUUUACAGUCGUCCGCCGGCCAAGACGGCCGUAGUCUCGGCCACCUCAAGUAGUCAGUUUCUGGAUGAGGAACUGCCACCAGUGGGUCCAAGCCAGGUGGCCCAACGGCGACGCAGUGGCAGCAUUCUGCCGGCCAAAAACGAACCCAAGGUGAUCGUACAUGGCCAUGGCAUCAUUGAGUGUCGUGCACAAGGUAAUUUCCCGCAUCCCCUGAACUGCAGGAAGUUCAUAUCCUGCGCCCGUUUCGAGGAGACCGGUGGAAUCGUCGGAUGGGAGUACACAUGCCCCAAGGGACUCACCUACGACGGCGUCGGCGGCAUGUGCACCUGGUCGCCCUCUGAUCAGCCCUGCCGCGAUUAGACUGAUUAACAAAAACAUAUUAAAAAAAAACAACAUCCCUAAAUAAGCCUCUAAAUCCAUUAACCCAUCUCAUCUGGAGACCCAUUCGCCUUGAUACAAAAGACAUGCGUUCCCAUUGCACCCCGUGUUGUAUAUGAUUUUUCCAAUUUGUGAUUAGUUCUGAUGAGGUUGUUGAAUUCGAGACGAUGAAUAUGUGUGUGAGGCAAGUUGAAAUUCUACGUUAAUUAUUCUUAUUUAAGCCUAGUGAUAUCUCAACCCAAUUUUUUUGCGCCUGCCAACUCAGUAGUAAGCAAGAAUUAUUGUCCGUAGUUCAUCGUCCCAUAUAUAUAGCGCCAUAUCUAUAUGUAUGUGGCUGUGCAUGUGUACGCUAUAUACCAUAAUGGAUAGUAUGCUUUCUUUAUCAAAUAAACAUAUCAUGUAAUCCAAAUGUACUCUCGUUUGUUCUGUAUUUUUUGGUGCUACUUUAAUGACCUCAGUGGCAUUGCAUAAUUUGUUGUGAUAUUUAAACACUCAAACAUUUCGACAUUAAGCAACUGUUCUUUAUUGUGAAUUGAACUGGGUUUUCUGCGGAUAUUGAACUGGAAGUGAACUCUUUCGAAUGUUUAAAAUUGCAAAGGUUUUUAUUGUGAAUUAAAAAACAAAGCUAACUA